CGAUAACCCACCGACAUGGUGGUGCGGGCGGUGAAGACCUUCGGCGUCGUCUUCGACGACGAGCCGAAGAGCAGCUACUCGAGCGGCGAGACCCUGUCCGGUCAGGUGCUGCUGGAGCUGAACGAGGCGCUGAAGGUGAAGGGUCUGAGGGCGGAGGCGAGGGGCUGCGCCCGCGUCCACUGGUGCGAGAGCCCCGCCGCCGCCGCGCCUGCGUCAGCGCGCAGCUACAGGGACGAGGUGGUGUAUGUCCACCAGCGGCAGAGCCUGUGGCAGCCAACGGCAGCAGAUGGCGAAGAGUGUUUUGUCACAUUGCAACCUGGCAAACAUGAAUUUCCAUUCAGAUUUCAACUUCCACAAGAACCUUUGGUCACAUCCUUCAAUGGAAAGUAUGGUAGUGUUCAAUACUGGGUGACUGCUAUCGUGGAUCAACCCAGUGUACCAAGCCUAAGUGUAAAGAGAGAAUUCAAUGUGACGGGUCAUAUUGAUGUUAAUGCACCAGCUCUGCUGUCUCCCAUUUCGAAAAACCGAGAGAAGACAGUGAGUUGCUGGUUUUUUACCUCUGGACCAAUAUCUGUGAAUGCCAAAAUAGAAAGAAGGGGGUUUUGCAACGGUGAAGCGAUACCAAUUUAUGCAGAGUUUGAGAAUUGUUCUUCCCGCCUUAUUGUUCCAAAAGCUGCUAUUUAUCAAACUCAGACUUAUUUGGUAAAUGAGAAAACCAGGACUUUCAAACAAAUGAUUGCUAAUGUUCGUGGGAACCACAUUGCUUCUGGUAGUACAGACUCAUGGAAUGGAAAAGCCCUCAAGAUUCCACCAGUAACUCCAUCCAUCCUGGACUGUUCUGUAAUCAGGGUGGAAUAUUCUUUAGCUGUGUAUGUACACAUUCCAGGUGCUAAGAGGCUAAUGCUGGAGCUUCCCUUAGUGAUUGGUACAAUCCCAUAUAACAGCUUUGGGAGCAGAACAUCUAGCAUUUGCAGCCAGUUCAGUAUGGACCUGACCUGGCUUCAGUUUGCCUUGCCUGAACAUCCUGAAGCUCCACCUAACUACGCUGAUAUUGUCUCUGAAGAAGAACUUGCAAGACCAAUUCCAUAUUUUACACAACCUGACAAUCUGGAGUGUGAAUUUGGGGGCCCCAUCUUUGCUUACAUUCAGGAAUUCCGAUUUCAGCCUCCACCACUUUACUCAGAGAUUGACCCCUACCCUACAACCACAGACGACAUGCACAGUGAAGUGACAUUUGAAAUUUGAUGCGGAUCGUUCAACGCAUAUUGUGCUUUUCAUAAAUAGUUUACACUCCAAUUUCGUUGAUCCAAAGUGAAGAUUGUUGGAGUAUUGAGAGCUGUGAAGUGAUGGUGAAAAGAGAAGGCUUGAAACCAAUUGAACGAGAGCCUGUGGAGGGAUUGAACAAAAAGGAGACUGGAUCAUACAAGCAAAAAUUGCUUGGAAUGAGAAGGAGCCAUUCUGCAGACCAGAGUUUUGUGAAUGGUUAGGAGGAAAGUUUUUGCCUUGAGAAGAGUGGGAAUGAAAUAGAAAAUUCCAGUGUAAACACACACUAUAGACAAGUAAAAAGGCAAAACUCCAAAAUCUGAAUCUGAUAUCAAGGCUAAACUUUACCUCUACUGUUCAACGAGUGGAGCAAAAGAUUACGCUUUUGUUAACCAAAAUGCUAAAUUAAAGGGACGUUUGUGAUCACAAGUUCCAGUUGUAGGUAUAAUAAUGGGCAAAAAAAAACAACACUAAGAGCAUUAUUUUAAGAUGAAAACAUCCUCGUGCUAGUGGCUUAAUAUCUCCAAAGAUCAGGAGAAAAUAACUGAGGAUUCAUGUUUACAUUUGAUGCUAUGCACUCUCUUGAACAAAACGCUGAUACAUAUUGUCCUUUCAAAGAGGGUAGAAUUCUGUAGUCUACAAAUUUAUUACUGCCAAUGAUAUUUUGAUUACUGAAAAAAUAUCUAGAGAAAGAAUUGCCAAGACUAUGUAACUUGCCAAAGAGUGGAAUUGUUCACUUCCAGCCCAUAAAUUAGUUUUAUUCCUCCUUAAAGGGUAUACUAUGCAUAUUUUGAUGAAUGCUGGCCAUCAAAGAUGUUUUCUAACUAAGUUUGUUUUUUGUUUGAAAAACAUUACUUUCAUUUAAGGGGAGAAAAAAUGAAUGUGUUCACUGUAAGUGCAAAAAAUCCAAUUUGAAUGUAUUGUCUCUAUUGAAACAUUGCAUUUGUUUCAUUUUUUGGAGUGGGUUAAACAUGUUAGCAAUUGCAGUUAGUAACAAACAAAAAAUGGUUGAAACUGAAACGGAAAGCAAAAUUCAAAGUGGUUCCCUCAAGUUAAUGAUCAACUUGGUAAAUUCAGACAAUAAAAAGAAAAUGUUCAAAUAUUUGAAAUUCUAAAUAUUCUCUUGUCAUUACCUGGAGUCUGUUGAGGAUUGGAACAAAUUACCUUAAUAUUCAGGUUGGCCUCAUAAGCUGGAACUGUACUUCACAUAAAAGAAGAGUGACUGGUUGUCUGAAUUUUACAAGUGCAUAAAUUGCUGUAUGGAGGGUCACAUAUUUUCAAAGCACUUUUGUGAGUGACAAAUGCACUUGUAUUAAAGUAUCUGUUAAAUGCACUAUAGCAGGAUGCCGUUAAAGGGAAUAAUUGUAACUCCCUAUUUGCCACUUAAUUGCUUCUCUUUUGUUAGCAUGCAACAAAAUUCUGCUUCUGGAAUUAUAAUUUAUAGUCAGAUUUGGUGUUUAGUGGUGCAAUAUAUGUGUUUCUCAGGGUAUAAAAUUAGUGCACUUUUGUUUUGCCUGCAAAAAAAAUGUAAAGGGACUUUUAACUGCUCAAGAAUCUUGGUGCUCUUUCUUCGCCUUCCAUUUUCAGAUGUUAUCAUAGCGUGACAGUUUACUUAAUUAAUAGCGCACUAAUUGCCUUCUUGGCCAAUCAGGAAAUGGAAACUCACAAUAGAAAUAUUCAGGGAUCUUCAUCAGUCGUGUGUUUUUUAGCUGCAAGUUUGAUCUCUGGCUUGUGCUGAUUUAACUGAUCUCCCCCUAAAUCUGAUUGCUAUUCUGUGAUCCUGUGUUGGAGGUGCAGGUAUAUCCAUAUGUGGACAAAUCAAGACACUUUCUGUCAAUAUGAGUGUAUCAAUACUAGCCACUUGGGCAAGGUGGGCAUCUGCAAACCAUAUCCUGGUCCAAGUGUUGUCAGGAAAGGAAGGGAGAUGAUCUUUACUCUUGAAUAUUGUGAAUUUCUGGUGGUAUGUUUUUUGCACAGAAAUCUUGCAUUUAAAUGUUCCUUCAUGUAUCAAUGCAGAAUGUCUUAAAUUUAUAUUACACUUGCCUUUUGUAAUGUCACUAAAUAUUUUGCAGUCAACAUCAACAAUAAUUUAUUACUUUUUUCCAGACAAAACUGAGUAUGAUUGCCAGUCUUGGCUAAUGUCAUUUAAAGUGGCCUUUGCUUAUUUUGUUAGCUGCUAAGAAAUGAGGAGCAUUAUACGUGGAAUGAGAAAUUUGAAGCACAAUUAUUACUUGAAUGUGAAAGUAUAACUAUAAGCUAAGUAUCCUAUAUUCAAUUUGAUGCCAGUUAAAACUUAACAAAUUUGACUUUUCCAAAAAAUGCUUUGAACGUUAUGUUGUAAAGAGCAGUCUACAGUACUGUAUUUUGUAUUUACUUUCGAUUAGGUUCUUUUAUCUCAAUAAACAAUUUGUGGAAAAA